CCCUCGCUCCAGCCCCGGGGAGGUUUUGAUUUUUGUGACUUUUCCUCCCUUUUAUUUUCCGUCGUGUGCGGGUUUGGCCGCGGAGCAAACUCGCAGCUGGUCCGAGUACAUGUCAGCGGUAAUCGCCCCCGUAGCCACCAUGAACUCCGAAGCAGAAGAAUCCAAGGAAGUGGCCACAGAUGUCUUCAAUUCCAAAAACCUGGCUGUUCAGGCACAGAAGAAGAUAUUGGGUAAAAUGGUGUCCAAAUCCAUUGCGACCACCUUAAUAGAUGACACCAGCAGUGAAGUGCUGGAUGAGCUGUACAGAGUGACCAAGGAGUACACCCAAAACAAGAAGGAGGCAGAGAAGAUCAUUAAAAACCUCAUCAAAACAGUCAUCAAGCUGGCCAUUCUUUACAGAAAUAAUCAGUUCAAUCAAGAUGAGCUCGCACUGAUGGAGAAAUUUAAGAAGAAAGUCCACCAACUCGCUAUGACGGUGGUCAGCUUCCAUCAGGUGGAUUAUACUUUUGACCGGAAUGUGUUGUCCAGGCUGCUGAAUGAAUGCAGAGAGCUACUCCACCACAUCAUUCAGCGUCACCUCACCGCUAAGUCACACGGACGGAUUAAUAAUGUCUUUGAUCACUUUUCAGAUUGUGAUUUUUUGGCUGCCUUGUAUAAUCCCUUUGGAAAUUUUAAACCCCACUUGCAGAAACUUUGUGAUGGUAUCAACAAAAUGUUGGAUGAAGAGAACAUAUGAGCUUGUGAAUUGAGAUGGUGACUGCUCGUAAUUUGUUUGAAGAUGGAGCACUGCUGAUUUAUGAAGGAAAAAAAGAAUUUUUAACGAUUAUGCCUUUUCCAGAAAGACUGCCCAAUUUGAUUGUCAGACACGAAUGGUCAUGUUUUAUGAGGCUUGUUUAUUUGAAGAAAAGCAGGUUGCAAAAAAAAAAAAAUUCUAGUUAGACGCUUCUUAACAGUUACAGAGCAUGGGAAAGAUGUAUCCAUGCAUAAUGUAAACAUGGAGUUAUACUAAGAGAAAUGCAAUGACUCAAAACCUCAAGACAUCUUGUUUAGGGUGAUUGGUGUGUCAGUGGCACAGUGAAUAUUUCUGAUAUGUACAGAGUUGUGUAUUUUGAUUUACUUGUAUUCCUUACUGUGGAUAUGUACCUCUUUUAAAAAGCCAAAACCUUUCUCUUGCUGCCAUUGCUUCUUUUGCAGCAAUUCCAUUUUCAAGUCAACCUUCAUUAAGGAUUUUGUCAUCGGCAUUCCGGAAUUAAGUCUUAACUUAGUCUGAAGACACUCAAGAUUUGAGGCAGUCAAGUGAAACUCAGAAAAAUAAAAAAAAACUGCUCUGCAGUCUAUGUUGUAGAAACAGGCUGUACUUGGCAUUAUGAAUAAUGUCUAAUGUAAGAAUAUGCUUCUGGUAUCGAGUUUAUUGUUUUUAUUUUAGUACCAAGAGUGAUACUUCCCCAAAAUGUGAUAUUUCCCCAUAACAUAUUGGUGUGUCAUUGCCUUGAAAUACUUGCUGAGAGCUUCACUUUCAUCUUAUCUAGAACACGUACUGAUGGAAUCUUCAUUUUUAUAUCCAUUUCAAAUGUAAAAGUGAAAGAAUGGAUUGCUCUUGAUAUUGGAACAACAAAAAGUAACUAGUACCAAGAUAAAUAAAGCAACCGUUUUGAGAAGACGCCAUCAAAACAAUUUAGGGGAUCAGGAGCAAAAGAGAAGAAUGGAUAUUUCUACCUGACAUGAGAGUGAAAAUGAAUGCAUUUCAAUGUUUGAUAAACGUUUGAUAGGUAAA